AUGAAGUUGAUCAAGUUGGGGAAAGAAGAGUUACUCACAGUGGACAAUCCACAUUAUAAAAACUUACAAAGAGAGUUUGAACACUUGAAGAAUGCAAAAUUUUUUGAUAAUGAUCAGAAAGCUCAAUUACCUGUCCAUAUCGUUUUGGCAAGCGGGGAAUAUGCACGGUUAAAAACUCGCACGAAUCCACUAAAGGAUUAUGAAGAUCUCUGCAGGUUGGAUGUGCUGGGCCUAGCAGACACUACUGAACACGACCAAUCAAUGGUGUAUAACGAAUUCAAAGAGCAAUUAACGCGAUUCCGGAGGGCUGGUACGAGACCGGUCUUCCAUGGCGCGGAAAUCAUCCACCUCUCCCAUCGAACGAAACAGGAAGCAUCAGAAGAAGUCGAACGCGAGUCAGCGCAGUCCACUAAACUGAGAGUGGUGUACGAUGCAUCAGCAAAAGCUUCACCAGAAAGUCCUUCUUUAAACGAAUGCCUGUACGCGGGACCUUCGCUAAAAAACAAGCUGUGGGAAGUGCUGGUAAGAGCGCAAAGUUUCCCUGCUGCAAUCACUGGGGAAAUUCAAAACGCAUUUCUCCAAAUUCGUGUACGCGAAAGUGAACGGGAUUCUUUAAGAUUUCACUGGCGACCAAAUUCACAGGCUGAUGUAGAAGUACUACGGUUCACGAGAGUAUUGUUUGGAUCGGUUUCUUUUCCAAUCCUACUUAGGGGAGUUCUUGAAACGCAUUUCUAUCACUGGAAAAGCAAAGAUCCAGACGCAGUCGAGGCUCUGAGAAGGUGUCUGUACGUUGAUGACAUCAUUUCAGGAGGAUGCACGGUGGAUGAAGCACGAAAAAAGAAAUUGAAAGCUAUCGAUAAUCUGGGUGACGCAACCUUUAUCCUUCGUAAGUGGGCAUCAAAUGCAAAGGAGUUGGAUGAAGGUAGUGUUAACAAAAAUCAUGAAGAGCAAACAGCGGCCAAACAACAAUUUAGGGUGCAGCCAACUGAGACGAAGAUCGUUGGUACAACGUGGAAUAAAGAGAAAGACACGUUAAGUGUGUGUGAUCUGAAAUUACCUUGGGACGCGGAAUUGAUUGGUAAAUUGAAGCAGAGCUGGGAAAAGUGGGAAAACACCUUAUCUGUUCUUUCAUUCCAAGAACCCUGUAGCUUAGAGAUUCAUGGAUUUGGGGAUGCCAGUGGUGAAGGUUUGUGCGCAGUCGUCUACACGGUCGCUAAACCAUCUAGAGUUACUCAGGAAUUACUGGCAGCGAAAUCAAGACUUGCCAAGAGAGGAAUGACUAUCCCGAGGUUAGAGCUGGUUGCAAGUGAUAUGGCCGCAAAUUUGGUCUCGAAUGCUAGCAUUGCACUGAGGCACAUUCCACACAGGAAACAAUGCUGGUCAGAUAGUACUGUAGCUUUAUAUUGGAUUAAAGGAGAGGGUGAUUAUAAACAAUUCGUGUCCCAUAGAGUGGAAAAAAUCCGAGCUGCUAAUAAGAUCGUGUGGCACCAUAAGCCAACAACCGACAAUUCGGCCGACCUCGGAAGCAGAGGUGGCAAACUGACCGAGAUGUGGAUGAAAGGUCCUGCCUGGCUAUCAGAGCGUAGUCUCUGGCCACCAGAUCUUACAAUCAAACCGUCGAUUGACUCCCAAAGUGAAGCAAAGGCGGCGAGAGCGAUUCGUAUUGGGGCGUGGGUGAAACGAUUUAUUGAUAAUGCUCGACAAAACAGAGAUAAUAUAAGGCACGGGCCACUGACAUCUGAAAAAGUGGAAGAGCAACACAUGUCAUGGAUAAAAAUGGUACAAGCUGGAGUCGCAGAAAACCCAAAGUCUCAAACGGAUCUGAUUCAGUUAAAUGUACAACCCGACGAUGACAAGAUUUUAAGAUGUCACGGUCGGAUACAAGGAGAGCUCCCUAUUUACUUGCCUGAUGACGCUCUAUUCACAGUGAAGUUAGUGGGAAAUGCACACUUGGAAACACUCCAUGGGGGAGUUAUACUUACAAUGGCAAAGAUCCUGAAAGAAUUACAAUGCGACGUCAGCAACCAUUUAAAGGAGUUGCGAGUGAACGCCAAAGAAUUCAGACCAAGACGACAAGCUGCUGUGGUUGCGGACGCGUUAAAUCAGAAGCUAAUGGAACAGGAAUGA